GCAACCCAACGCAGACCAACCCGAUUCGCUCUCCUAAAUUACGAGAACACCCCUGUCUCCUCCAGCUCUAGUAAAUCGUCUGUUGCUUCCCUCGAGACUCAAACGCCAUUUCCCGUCUCAGAGCAAGCUAGGGUUUAAUUGGAGGGGAAAAAAAUGUCUGACCCAAAGGACACUGAUGUAAAGGAACAAGUGCAGGCCGAGGAAACUCUACAUGAUAAGACCGCUGCAGAUGUACCUGAGAACCCAGAAAACAUGGGCCAUAAUGAGGAGAAUCCCAUGCCCUCUCCUGAAGAGGAGGAGGCAGCACUCAAGAAAAAGUACGGAGGAAUGCUACCUAAAAAGCCUCCACUUAUAUCCAAGGACCAUGAACGCGCUUUCUUUGAUUCUGCUGAUUGGGCUUUAGGCAAGCAAGGUGCACAGGCUGAAAAGCCCAAAGGACCACUGGAAGCGCUUCGACCAAAGCUGCAGCCGACACACCAGCAAACACGCUCACGUAGGUCAGCAUAUGCUUCUGCUGAAAGUGAAGAUGGAGGCAAUACUCCUGAGGAUGCGAACAACAACCAGUGAUUUCCACAGCAAACUGCCUUCCAUUCUGAGAGCUUCUUAUUUCUGUUAGCUCGUCACUUUUAUUCUGUAGGGUGGAAGAUUGUAUUGCGUGAGAGCAUUUGUGGCUUCCAUGAAUAAUUGAUACGUUAGAGAAGAAACCAUGGCUGCUGCAGCUGAGUCAGGGUUGUGGCUUCUGAAAUCUCUUCACCAGUGGCCUAUUCCUUCAUAAACCUGGACGUAUCAGUCAUCUUAUGGAGUUAAUACUACUACUACUACUACUACUACACAAAUUGACUUGUCCAUCUUGAAGAUAUUUGUGGGGCUACUUCCGGGUUGCUAUCGUGUAAGCUGUGCAUUGUUUGCUAUGAGUUCAUACUAAGCUCCUUUUGGUUAUGAAGUAGCGUUACGUAUAUAGAAUUUAUCUGCAACUGCGUAAACU